AUGGUUGCUGCAAAGUCGCGUUCUCCUAACCAAGCUCGACAAACGUCGAAGCGUAACUCCACUCUACGAAAGUCGAUCGCCAAAAGAAGUGGUGAAGGUUGCUCUCUUCCUUAUCAGUUUGAUUUCGCUCCAUGUAUUAUAAAUGAAUUUAUUACGAACGAAGUUGAACGAUCUAAAUCAGAAGUAACUGAAAAACGGUAUCUCAGGAAAGAGUCCAGUCUAAGUAGGAAAAACCAGUUAGAUACAAUGGAUGAACGAUCUACAGAUAAGCAAAGCGUCACUGUGGAAAGGGAUGACAGCGUUCAAGACGUAGAAACUAGUAGCUUAUCAAGGGUUCAAGAAUUUGUGCCAGAGCGACUUAAAGGAGGAGACGUUUCAGGAAAAAAGCUUUCAGUUGAUAAAAAAACAGUGGAAGCUUUCCAGCUUAGCUCAGAAAAAAUUGGAGCACUUGAAAAGUUACUAGAUGUGGACCCGGAUACAAAUAAAAAGAAGAAAUGGGAACGAACAGAAAGUCUUUUCAAACGUCUAAGUAUUCCGAAAUAUAUGGCACCUGAAAAGAAAUACCACCCAUUGAUUCGCCGUACCAGUAGAUCGGUAUGCAAUAACCUUGACUUUUUACUCGUAAAUGCAACAGCUGGAAGUUUAGAACUAGGGAAUGCACUGAGGCGAGAAAACGAUACGUUGCAAGUGAAUACUUUCAUGAAUGUAGCCGUAAGUUUAUAUCAAAAAGUAGAGAUGGUUGUUGUAGAACUAGCUGAAGAUUUGCUGCUAAGAGGAGAUUCUGGAGCAAAGGAUAGGGGGAGAACUAGAGUUGUCGUCAUAGAAGUUGUUGUAACUUGUUCAGUUCGUAUUUCGUAG